GUUCGCCACGUCGCUGGCGCCGUCGAGGGCGGACGGCCGGUUCGCGCAGCGAUUCGACGGGCUGCGCUUCAUCGAGACCCUCGUCAGCGCGCACCGUUGAGCCUCCUGCGCCCUGCGUGCCGCUGUGGAGGAGACGAUCGAUGGCAUGGCAGAUCAGAGCAGGAUUCAUGGGCUAGGAUUGGUGCCGCAGCCGAAGCCGCAACCGGAGCCGGACAUCGGGGAGGCAGUGCACCCGCCCGAGGUCCGCAAGACGCGGAUGGCAUCGAGCACGGAGCGCGUCCGCGUCGAGCGACACCUCAGUGGGGGAUUGGAGCCGGAGUACAACGCCACCUCGCCACGCGUCAUCUCCGGCCGGUUCGUGUCCACCGGCGACGCCGUCGAGCCGGCGCAGUCUUCGUACGACCUGGUGGAGCCGAUGCUCGUCCGCGUCGUCAGGGUGCGCGGCGGCAUUCGCGCCUGCGAGGGCCCUACGCCCCUACGGCAUCUCGGCCAGAUGAGAAGGGAAGAAGUGAAGAAUGGUUGGAGAGUGGAAGGGGUGGGUCCCACAGUAUAUUUUGUGUGAAUGACAUAUGGGUCCUAUAGAUAUUUUUUAAAAUUCUAGUGUCACAUAAGAGUCACGCGGGACUAAGACUAGAUCAACUCAUCAACACAAGACUAUGUCAAUACCGCCACAUCAGCUCUACGUCAGCAAAACCACACUCCAAAACCACUGGGGGAGUCAAAUUACACUUGUCUCAAUAGUUUAG